AUGUGCCAAGUCAUCGAAAUAGUCGAUUUCGAAGUGGAAGAGCGAGAGUUGUGUUUUGAUUGUGAUCCAUCCAGAGAUGAGACCAACCAUCAGCCCCCAGCUCGGGAGUCUCGAGCGCUCCGGAGACCGAUACGGAGUGGAGGCGGCGGGGGAGCGAAGAGCAAUGGGUCGUUCCAUGUCGGGCCGUCGACCACGGGGAGCGGCGGUAGUGGCGGAGAAAGCGAAGCGUCUUCGGACGAGGCAGGUGAGGCCGUCAACGAAGCUGAGGACGCGGAAGACGAUGAGGAGCAGGAGGAUCCCAAAGACUACUGCAAAGGAGGCUACCAUCUCGUUCGGAUCGGUGACGUUUUCCAUGGACGGUACCACGUGAUCCGCAAACUGGGCUGGGGCCAUUUCUCUACAGUCUGGCUUUGUUGGGAUUUCCAUAAUAGACGAUUUGUCGCCCUCAAAGUGGUAAAAGCGGCCCCGCAUUACACAGAAACGGCUCUCGAUGAGAUAAAUUUGUUGCGUUGUGUAAGAGAAAGCGAUGGCGCUGAGCGAGCGCGCAAUUCCGUAGUUCAGCUCCUCGAUGACUUCAAAAUCAAAGGACAGAAUGGAACCCACGUUUGCAUGGUUUUCGAGGUUUUGGGACACAAUCUGCUUAAACUCAUCAUCCGCAGCAACUACCAAGGCAUUCCGAUCAACAAUGUGAAAAUCAUCAUGCGACAGGUGCUCGAAGGCCUUGAUUAUCUGCAUCAGAAGUGUAAGAUCAUUCACACAGACAUAAAACCGGAAAAUAUUCUCGUCUGUGUCAAUGAAACACACAUCCGAAGACUGGCUUACGAAGCAACCCAGUGGCAGAAGAUGGGCCUUCGCCUUCCCGCUUCGCUUGUUUGUACGGCACCUCCAGACGUGCAGCAGAUGAGAGUAUCGGCCAACGGUGAGAAAAUGUCCAAGAACAAAAAGAAACAACUCCGCAAAAAAGCCAAGAAAAAUCAGGAAAGAAUCGAGAAGGAGAUGGCAUCCCUCCAGAGGAUGGACUUGAAACAGGAAGAAGACGAGGACGAUGAGGAACCGAUGAGUCCAUUGACCACUGAAGCCAACGCUUCGAACGGCACUGAAAACAACCUGGACAUGGACGGCCAGAAUGAUUUUAAACGCAAAGAGCUUCAGUACAUGGUGAUGCAGGAGGCUUCGGGCUGGGCGGAAGGCAAAGAGCCCGGUUGGUGGGAGAAGAAACCCGAGGGAGAGGAAAACUCAUCCAAAGAUUCGUCAAAAUCUCCCUCCAAGCAAGGAUCCAAAUCUCCGUCGCUCCUCCGGCCGGAAGGAAGCAGUGGAGAGCGACGGUUGGAACGGAGUGAGACGGUACUCCUCGGACCCCAAGUGGGCCUAUCACCUGGAAGACUCUCUGUUCAGAAUGCUUCCACUCAACCAGUGUCGCAGGAGGCCAAUUCUCAGGUCGAACUCCGGAGAGUCGCCUCGAUGCCAGAGACGCAAGCGGCGGCCGCUCAAGGAUCCGGCAAGUCGUCUUGUCGGCGAUCCCUACCGCCGCCGCAACCGGACCCUGUUAGACAGGACUGCCCCAACCUUCAAGUCAAGAUCGCGGAUCUGGGUAAUGCCUGCUGGGUGCAUCAUCAUUUCACGGAGGACAUACAGACCCGUCAAUAUAGAUCUCCAGAAGUUCUGCUCGGUUCUGGAUACGGCACCGCUGCCGAUAUCUGGUCUACGGCGUGCAUGGCGUUCGAGCUCGCCACUGGAGACUACCUAUUUGAACCGCACUCCGGGGCCGAUUACUCAAGGGACGAGGAUCACCUCGCGCACGUCAUCGAGCUGCUCGGUGAAAUGCCCCGCGGCAUUGCGUUCUCUGGAAAAUACUCUCACGAGUUCUUCAAUAAGAAGGGUCAGCUCCGACACAUCACCAAGCUCAAACCUUGGGGUCUGACAGAAGUCUUGACCGAAAAGUACGAUUGGUCUAUGGAGGAUGCGCAGGCGUUCGCAGACUUCCUGAGACCGAUGCUCGAGUACGACGUCAAGUUCCGAGUGUCAGCCGAUCAAGCGCUGCAACACCCCUGGCUGCAAGUGAACCGAGUUCCGAACUAGAGAUAUGUAAAUUCAUUUCCUCGAUUCAAACAUCGGACCGACAGACGGGCAGCCUGGCUCCCAUCUGGAGAUUACCGCAUGACGAAAUCCGACAAACAACAACCAACAAACAAACACAAGCCAGUCUAAUAGGUAGCUUCUUCAUGAGAGACGGGGACUCGAAAUUACGACAGAGAGACGAGUAUGUGAAGCGACGGGGGACGAGGAAGCGAGAAAAAAAGUUUUCGCCGAUCAAGAUCCAACUCGUGUUUGUGAUAGACGACUCUGUUUGUACCCAUGCGUUGCCUUCUACUGGGAUUCUCGACCAAUACAACGAUUAAAACCUU